AUGCUCGCCCCCCGCCCCACCAUCUCGCCAGCCUUCAAGAAGAAUACUUCGCUAGCCACACCCGGGCUCUCGACAUUGUCAGAUGACGCACGGUCUCAAAAUGUGCCCGAAUGGUACGUGGACCUCAAGGAGAGGCGUUGGUGCAAUACCAUGUCUGUGCAGGCGUUCGGGGGCCGAGUGUUGUCUCCCGAGACUCGCGCUGCGAUGAAGAGAUGGGAGGACAUGGAGGAGGAUAUGUUCUGGACCGGGUGGACUCAGGCUGUGGACGAGGUGCAAGCGGAUGAUGUAGAUGAUGAUGCUGAGGUGAUCAAUGAACAGGAGCAGAAGACCAGGGAAGUAUGUGCAGAAAUAGAUGGAGGAGAGCAUUGGUUAAACGAGCAGCUGCCGGCGGAGCAGCGCGAUGCGUGGUUGCGGGUUUUCAAGAUGUUCGAUGAUGCAUGGCACGAGGUGGAGGCGGAAGGGGCAAAAACCGAGGUUGAGGUAGCAGUACCUGAAUCGGAGGAGCUCCCGGUUUUCUCACAGGAACAGACCUACCAGCUGCUAACGAAGACCAUAGAAAUCGAGCACCAGAAGCCAUGGCUGAACAAACAACUGCCGGUGGAGCAGCGCGAGGCCUGGUCGCGAGUUUUUGAUAUAUUCGACGACGCGCGAAGGGAACUGGAGGGAGGUCAGAGGGUUCAAGGCGGAUGGAGUCGACAGAGCAAUCGAGAACAAAUCGGCGCCACACAUAUGUGCUAG